UUCGGGAGUGUGUGUGUGUAUCGGCGGUCGACAGAGUCUUCCGAAAACGGCAGGGGAGGAAGAGGAAACAACAUCCGUCGCCCAGCAGCCAGUCUAGCGCUGGUUGUUGUGUAGGUCCAGCCAGCGCGUUCGUUCGACUGCCAAAAAGUCGAACCCCAAAAAAUUUUCUUCAUUCUCCAUUGGGUUCCAUUCGGAUAUCAUUUUGAUUUCUCCUCCGUGUGCAGGGGGCUCCGUGCGGAUGUUUGUUUCGUGUUGCGCAACACAUAGACGGGAGUGGGUGGGUUGGUGAUUUUGUCUAAACGGCCAAUUGGUGGGUAGUGUGGUGUAGUGGUGAGUGUGCGACGAAUCGACAACUGAUUUCAUCAUGGAUGGAUGAUUGAGACUCUUAGUGGCCCGUCUCUUUGGAUUGGCCGUCCCAAAAGGAAGAAGAAGAAAAAAGGGCGGCGGCCAAAUUCAAAUUCAAAUUUCGUGAAAAAUUUCAAAUUAAAACCCCCAGAACGAUUUAACCCGUGUUAAAAAGAAGUUAACAAAUCUUCUUUUCUUUUCGGGAUAGAAAAACACACACACAAGAAGGGUGGUGGUGUGUGUGUGUGUGUGUGUGUGUGUGUGUGUGGGGCUGGCCCGCGUUCUAAGUUUAGACAACCUCGGACGGACGACGGACCAUUUGGCUCGACGCCUGGGCCCUUUUUAUUUUAAAAGAAGAACCCAGAAAACCAAGAAGAAGAAGGUGCCGACGAUCCAGCACUCGACUCACAAUUUGGUGAGCAACGGAGUGGCGGAAGAUCCGGCCACGAUGGAAGCCUCUUCUUCUGUGGUGGUGGCGACAGCCGGAAAACCAUCCAGCACAUCCAGCGGAGGAGUAGGUGGAGGUGGUGGACGAAGCGGUGGAGGAGUCGGUUCGGCAUCCGGUUCGCGUUCCGUCUCGCUGGCCAGCGUCAGCUCGGACGGCAGCAGCUCCGAGAGUCACCUGGUGGAGCAGGAAGACAUUGUGGCUCUGACGCAAGAAGUCCGAGCCUUCAAAGAAGCCCUGGGCAAAUUGCGCCGACUCUUUCAUCCCAACGACAAAGACAAGUGCGACGCUCUACGGGUGGCCGCUCACGAACGACUGGGCGAAGUGUUGCGCAUCCUGCGGAUCAUCCUGGAGCACUACUCGGCCUUGCAGUCGACCGAACUGCUCGUCGCAGCCGGCUCUCUCAUCCAUCAAGUCAAAGAAUAUCAAUACGAAGAUGAGAAGAGGGACGUCAGAGAAUUCAUGGAGUCGAUCGACCAGCUGGCACUGGCGUUCAGCAGCAGGGUUUCCGAGUACCUAAUGGGCGAUUUGGACAGCAACAUUUCGCUGGCCAGCUCGUCCGUGUCGAGUAAAACCAAGUCGUGCGAGAACAUCCCGUCGGAUGCCGAGAACGGCGCCUUGCUGGCCGACCCAGGAACAACGACGGCCAGCAAAUCGGACUCGGUGACUUCCGUCAUCUUUCCAGGCUCGCCCGGCGACCAGCAGACUAACCAGCCGUCUACGACGCCGCAACAACACCUGACGGGCGUCCAGAUGGACGCCGUCCUUUUGCAACUGGAACAAGGCGUCGAAGUGGCCCUGCACCGGGCCAAACUCUGGUCCAAAUACGCCAAAGACAUCAUGACCUACGUGGAGAAAAGGUGCAACCUGGAAAUCGAAUUCGCCAAGAAUGUGGCCAAACUGGCACAGACCAUGAAAUCCGCUCUCAAAGAGGAGUGUUAUUUGCCGUUCCAAUCCAUUUACAUGACGGCCAUGGACCGGGAGAUUGACAACAGCAAUUCGGCACAGUCGACCACUUCUUUACUAACCGGCCACAAAUUCCUCGAGCCGUUGUCGGCCAGACGGAACGAGCACGAACGCUGCCGCAAACAGAUCAAAGAGAUGUGGCACCGCGAGUUGAAGCGCAUGCAAGAGUCGGUGGGCAACUUGCGCAAGGCCAAGGCCCUCUACGUCCAGCGCCAGCAAGAGUGGGAGCGGGCCAAAGAGGCGGCCCAGAGGGCCGAGUCCGCCGCCGAGUCCUCCUCAUCCACCGCCGAACAAGCCUCCAAGCUGGACAAGAGGAAAAAGACGGAAGAGGAUGCCCUCCAAAAGGCUAUGGAAGCUGAGACCACUUACAAGGCCAGUGUCUGCGAGGCGAACGAAAGGCAUGGCCAGUUGUUGCGAGUCAAAAGUCAAGUGCUGCAGCAGGUCCGCGAAUUGAUGCUGCAGUGUGAUCAGACAAUGAAGGCUGUUACCGUUUCUUACUUCCAACUUCAACACACUGUUUCCGCUCCUGCACCCGUUCAGUUUCAGACUUUGUGCGAAAGCAGCAGAUUGUACGAGCCAGGCUCGCAGUACAUGGAGUUCAUCAGGAGGAUGCCCCUACCCAGCAAGCCCAGCAGAGACAGCACCCCAACGGCCACUGCAGGAAGCCCUGGUGGCACAUCCCCGGGCCCCUACACCUUUGAACCUUACUCUGAAGAGUCGACAGUGUCAGAGAAGGAGAGAAAGUCCAACGGCUCCCUGAGUGCAGACCUCAGCGAAAGUGCUGGCAAGGAUAGAGUCCAAAGUGGAGGUCCAAUGAAGGCUUGGAGCGCCUCGGCCGUCUCGUCGGCCGGCCAGUCGCCAGGCAACGUCGUCACCCAGGUCAGCAGCGACACGGAGUCUGUGGAAUCGAACCCGAGCGCCAAGAGCCGGGAAACGUCACCGACGGCCAGCCCCAUGAUGCCGGCCAGGCGGCUCGUCCCAGCUUCAUCUGGCGACGAGCUGGAAAACGAACCCGACCCGGAGGCCGACGCCAAUUACCUGGGCUACAGCGCCAACCGUCGCCACUGCAUGUCCAAAGCGGCCGUCACGCACACCUUUCGCAAGUUGAAGACGCCCUCGCGCUGCCGUGAAUGCGACUCGUACGUCUACUUCCAAGGAGCCGAAUGCAUCGAGUGCGGGCUGGGCUGCCACAAGAAAUGUCUAGAAAGUUUGACAAUCCAAUGCGGCCACAAGCGGCUGCCGCGCAAAAUGACCACCUUCGGCGUCGAUCUGAGCCAGCACCUGGCCGAGACGGGCACCCAAGUGCCCCACCUGCUCGCCAAAUGCAUCAACGAAAUCGACACCCGAGGCAUUCAGAUCAAAGUACCACCAACUCCUUUCUAUUUUAUUUAUUUCCUCUCAUUAGCUGUCAACGUCUCGGACGUUUUGGCGCACAGCGACCAGUUUUGGUUCGAAUUUUGUUCUGAUUUACUUUUCUUUUAUUCAAUUCUUGCCCCCAAGGGAUUGUAUCGAGUUUCUGGCGUGAAAUCCAAGGUUGAGAAACUGUGCCAGUCGUUUGAGAACGGGGCAGAUCUGGUCGAUCUGACGGACAUUCAUCCCAACGUGGUGGCCAACGUCUUGAAGCUCUACCUGCGCCAAUUGCCCGAGGCCCUGCUGACGUCGAGGCUCUACCCGGACUUUAUCCGCGUGGCCAGGGAGUGGACGGGCCCGUCUGCCGACACUUCAGCGCCCGGAGUGGAGGAGCUCAACGAGCUGGUGCACAAGUUGCCCAGGCACCACUACGCCACGCUGGCCUUUCUGAUGCACCACCUGAAGCGGGUGUCGGGCGAGUGCGAGUCCAACAACAUGCCGGCCUCCAACCUGGGCAUUGUCUUCGGUCCGACUCUGCUCAGGACGUCGGAAGGAUCGGCCACGCUCUCGUCGCUCGUCGACACGGUCCAUCAGACCAAAGUGAUUGAACUGCUCAUCGAACACGCCGACAUAAUUUUCGGGCCGCCCGAUCCGGCCUCGACGUCUCUGAUGUCCACCUCCUCAUCGGCAUCGGCCGCCUCUGCCGCCCUUAUGGCCAGCAGCAGCAGCCCAGCUCACCGAUCAUCCGCUCAAUCGCCCAAAGUGGCGGACCAGCAGGAGUCGCCAGCCGUGGUGGCUCCUGGCUCCUCCUCCUCAUCUUCGUCCUCUUCCACCAAUACUUCGACGGCCUCGUCGCUGCUGUCCAAAGUGCCCGUCGUCCGCUCCAUCUCGUUCCUGGAGAAGCACCGCUCAAAGUCGAGGGACGCCGCCGAUCGAGAUCACGCGGCCAGCAACGCCGCCACCAUCAUCUCGACGCCGGCCGACCGGCGCAGUCAACAGCACCUGGCCGGCGAACUCCGCGAGGAGGUCCUCCUGCCCGGCUUCGUCGCCGAUAAAACGCCCAACCAUUCGAUUGACAUCGACCCCCUGUCCGAAGAAGGUCUACUUGGUGCGACUUCCGACGACGAUUUGCCCGACUUCCUCCUACCGGACGAUUCGAGUAAAAUACGGAAAUUGCCCGGCUACUUGCGCAGCGGCUCGGCCCCCAAAAUCUUCAAGAGUUCGCUGAAAGAUUAUCACGGCCUGGAAGGAGUGGAUUUGAACUUGCUGAGUAGUCAAGAUCAAGAAGUGCACCCCAUCACGCCCACUAGUCGAGGGAAGAAGUCGACCACCGAGUCGAUCGGAGUCACCACCACCGCCGGCGGCGCCCAGUUGUCGGAAGCCGAGACACUGGGCAGUCACUCGUUGCCUGCGGUCCAGGCGUCGUCAUUGGUCAAACCAAGUUGCGUCAAUCCGUUCAUGGACAGUUCCAUCGACUCGGAUCACAGCUGGGAGUCGCACUCGACCGGAUCGAGUGGGCGUGGCACUCAGCAUAGCGACCAAGGCUCCCUGGGCUCUGCCCAGCGGGCCGGACUUUUGCCCGGCAGUCACGACGAAGUCGACGGUCGCCUGGACAUGUCGUUCACUUCGAUUUCCAGUCACCGGGUCUCGCAGUGCGACGAGAACCGGGUCAAAAUUCAAGUCCCCUCGGCCGCCUCGUGUCCCAACUGGAACGCCGCCACCAACAGUUGCGGGCCGGCGUCUCUGGCCUCGGUCGAGUCGUCGUCCUCCUCUUCAUCUUCGUCGUCCUCGUCCAGGGGCGUCGUCACGGUCCUGGAAGGGCCCCAGAGUGGCACCACCCUGGUCGAAUCGCUGUCCGGCGAGCCCAACGUCAAGAGUGUGCUGAUGAUGGGUGGAGGCCGGUGCACUUCUAGUCCUUCCUCUGCUACUAAUAUGGCUGGCGCUGCUGCCGCUCUGGCCGUCUCGGAUCUGGCGGCCGUUCCGUUCGGACUCACUCACGAAUUUGCUCACGUCUUCGGUCACAGGUCAUCGGCGGCGGUCGUCAGGAGCGUCUCCUCGGCAACCACCACCUACAGUUCUACAGUGUCGACAUUGACGACGAUGUCCUCCUCGCAGACGAUCCUGGAAAGCUCUAGCAGCUCGUCCAGCAGCAGCAGUAGCAGCUCGUCCAGCAGUAGUAGCUCCAGCACUAGCGGAAGUAGUGGAACCAGUCCCAGCAGCGUCAAGAAGGCCGGCGCCGAUCGAGUUCCAAGAUUCGUCUGAGACAAUUUUGUUUUCAAAUUUCCCGCCCAAAAACAAAAACGAAAAAAAAAUAACAAAAAAUGGCUGUUGAUGUUGUUGUUCUUGUUGUUGAGCUGCAAUUCUUAUAAAUCUUUGUUGUUAUACAUAUUUGACCUUUGGAACCGCAAAACAUGCAACACCUGCCAGAGUGGGGAUGCAGAGUAAAAAUGUUAACAAUCAGUGUUCCUUUCUAUUUAAAAAACAAAACAAACAAAACAAAAUCUAUUAUAUUAUAUAACUCUCCUUUUUGUUGUUGUUGUUGUUCAACGAGCCGUUUUUUGAAUUGCAAUUUGUAAUCAUUGUUGAAUCGCUAAAGACAGGCACACACACACUUAUUUCUUUUUGUUUUCUGGGGCUAUCGAAUCGCCCCAACAUUUUUGUAUUUGAAAAAGUUUUAGACAUUCCAAGAUAAAACACCAAAGUUUGGGUUUUAAGUUCGCGUUGGAAAAUGAUGUGCGCAAUCAACGACUUGUCAUAUUCGCUGUUUUUAUUCUCUGUCUCUCCUCUCUUUCUACAUCUUUUUUGAAAAACAAACAAAACAAAAAUGAUUGUCCAACGAGUCUAUAUUAUUAUUAUAUAUAUUAUAUAUUAAUCGUUUUGUAUUUUGAAUGUCGAUCAUCAUCAAUUUUUGUGUGCUGUGUCGACGACAACAACAAAUCAAUUUUUUAAAAAAGGUGGAUUUUGUCAAUUAGCGAGAGUAUAACGAUACUAUACUAUAUUAUAUAUCUGCAUUAUUAUUAUUCAUGUUCUUGUUUAGGAGCUGGCCAGUGUAUAUUCUUUCAUACAUUCAUACAGUAUAUAUAUAUAUAUAUCUACAAACAUAUAUAUAUGUAUAUAUCUAUUAAUAUUUCGCUACUGCCAUUGCGAUUUCGAAAACAAAAACAAAUCUGUUACACCCGUGAGAUGUGAUGUGUGUGUCUCAUCAAUGUUGAAUUAUUUGGGUUGAAUGUUUAUUAUUAUUCAUUAACAAACACGAGUCUUUAUGGUCGACCCCCUCCCGUUUCCCCCUCCCAUUUUUAGCCCUCGCGCACAACCCACAAAUCUCUCGCCCCAGUUGACCGUUUCUCUCCUGCCCAGUUACCCGGCGCACCUCCCUCCCCCCCUCACCCAACAACCGUACCCAUACGUACGUCGUGAUUUAUAUCCUUUCGUCUGUAUAGUUGAGCGGGGAGACAUUCAUUUCUCUCUGCGAAUUCUAUUCAAAAAUACAAUCUUGAACAUUUAAAAGAUAAA